AUGAUUGAUUGGGUUGAGAAACAAUUCAUUAGCUGCCUGAAGCAAUUCUUCACUAUUGCGGAUUUGCAUAACCACAGAAAAGAAUUUGAAGAGGGAAGUCCUGAAGAGAAGUCUUGGCUUGUCUGCCUUAAAAAGAUUGAAAAACUAGCAAAGGACAAGACAGACGAUGUGAUGAAAGGUUACCUUCGACACUCUAGUAAGAAGAGUAAAGAGAGGAUAGAGGAGGCGAAGAGGAGAAGAGAGGUGGUAGAAGCCGAAUCUGAGAAGUUCAUUGAGGCUGCUGGGAUGAAGACGAAAGCUGUGAUUGUCACUGAGGAUGAAGCGAAGAUGGUCACUGAGGACAAUAGCAACAAUAUCAUCCAAGCUUACCGAGAGAGGAGUAAAAGUGGGGCCAUUGUGGCUGAAGAUCAGAUUAUUGAGGUGGCUGAGAAGAAGUCGGAGGGUGUAGAUGCCAAAGAUGAGAAGGACAUAGGGAAGGAUUCUGAGAAAAGCCCCAAAGAAGAAGCUCUUGUGACCGAUGCCAAAGAUAAGAAGAACAUUCCUCUGACCACUGAGAAGGAUUCUGAGAAAAGCCCCAAAGAAGAAGCUCUAAAGGAGCGUGUUUGGGAGUUGAUGAUGGAAAGGGACUUUACAGCAGCUUUCAGUUUAGCACUCAGAGAAGAAGGGUCGCUUUUAGCACCAUGGCUAUGCACCAAGACUAUUUUACCCGUGGCUGAUCUUUCUUUGGGGCAGGACCUCUUGCUGACCCUUCUCCACCACCUUUCUCGUGCUCUCUUCUUAGACCCCAGUCAGGACAAUCUGACUUUCAUGCAUCAGGUGGUCAAGGAACUGGACCGUGAGCAGUGGAAGGAUCUAAAUCAGGAAUGGAUUUCAAACGUAUUGAAGGAUGUGACAUGUCGUUUGAAGAAUUACACAGGCCAAAGCAAAAGCAGAGCAGUCAUGUUGGAAUCCCUUCUACAGACCAAAGCCGGUGCUUCAACCACCACCGUAGAAUACAAAGCAGCUGAUAUGGUGGUCAUUGAGGAUGAAGCUAAAGCUGAGAUGGACCUUUCAAGGGAUGAGACUACUGAUCAAAAGGAGGUUGUGCUUGAGCUUGUACGUCACCGUGCCUCUAAGAUGAUCGAAGAUCUCAAUUUCGAGGGGGGUUUUGAGUUGGCCCUAACUGCAAGAGACGUAUCUUUGGCACCAUGGAUCUGCUUGCAGAUCCAUAAACCCCUCGCCGAUCUUUCUCUCAGCCUGCCAGUGUUGAUCUCCCUUCUUCAACACCUUGCAGCAGGGCUCGACAGAGAAGACAAGGGGGCCAGGCUCCAUUAUAUGAGAGAGGUGUUGGAAUUAGUCAAAGGUCACCCUGAGCUGAGGAAGCAUCCAAAUCAGAAAUUGAUUUCCAAAGUAUUCAAUGAUUGUAAAGAUUUGUUGAAGCGUUGCAGGGAAAGUGAAGACAGCAAGAUCAUUGCAGUCAUGUUGGAAGCAAUCUGA